GUUAAGGGUCGCUUGCUUCAAGCCCCCAGGGCUUCUUCCCCCCCUCCCCACGGAGGCGUGGCCUAACGGAGCAGACGGAGGGGGCGGGGCCAAGGGCGGGGCCUGACGCUAACGGGGCAAAGGAAUCUUGGAAUCAAGAUGGCGUCCCCCAUGGAACUGAGCUGCUGGGGCGGCGAUUGGGGCUUGCCCUCCGUCCACGCGGAGUGCCUGGUUGUCAUGGCUUAUGCCAGGUUUUCCGGUGCCCCAGUGAAAGUGAAAAUUAUAGAUCAUUGUUGGAGAGCACCACGAGGGAGAGUGCCAUUGUUGAUAUCGGAUGACACUGUUAUUUCUCAGCCAGCAAAAAUAUUAAACUUCUUAAGAAAACAGAAAUAUAAUGCUGAUUAUGACCUCUCUGCAAAAGAAGGAGCUGAUACACUGGCAUAUAUUUCACUACUUGAAGAAAAACUACACCCUGCUUUGAUACACACUUUCUGGAUUGAAGCCGAUAAUUACUACAGAGUGACAAAACCAUGCUUUGCCUCAAGGAUUCCGUUUCCAUUGAAUUGGUUUCUGCCUAGAAACAUGGCUGGAGAAGCCCUUAAUAGGAUCUUGCUGACAAAAGGGGGCCCUCCACUCUUCAGUAUGGCUGAAGUGGAAGCACAGAUCUACAGAGAUGCCAAGGAGUGCCUGAAUCUUCUGUCCCACAGAUUGGGGACAUCUCCAUUUUUCUUUGGAAAUAUGCCUACAACUCUAGAUGCCUUCGUGUUUGGUUUUCUUGCUCCUCUUUUCAAAAUACCAUUUCCUAAAGUCCAGUUACAGGAUCACUUGAAGAUGCUUCCAAAUUUAUGCCGCUUCUGUGAUGACAUUCUGAGUUGCUACUUUAGACUAAAAUUAUUGGGUGUCUCUCCGGUGGGUCCAGACACGGUAGAUGCAAAUCUGCAGAAACUCACGCAGCUUGUUAAUAAGGAAUCCAACCUAAUUGAAAAGAUGGAUGAUAACCUCCGAAAGAGCCCUCAGCACCCUCCGCGGAAACUGACAACUCUCAAACUUUCUAGAACUGGGGAAGGAAAUAGUUCCCCAAAUCGCUUGUCACCCUGAGAGGUUUCAUGUCAUUUUUAUAUGGGUCUUAUCUAUUUGAACUUUGCACUAAUUAUGUAUGUACAUGAACUGAGGGCGAAAGAUGGAUUGAUGAAUUGGAGCCAGCACAAUCCCUUGACCAGUGCAUCCUCUGGACGUAAUGAAAACGGCAAACGUCCAAGAUGAUCACAUGCCAAUUGUUGAGUGAUUGUACUAUUUGGUACAAGUUCACCUUAAGUGCUACAUAAUGCUUGCCUUUUAGAGUUAGUACAUUUCUUGACCAAAAAAGUAAAAUUCCAUUUUUGGAAAGAAUGCAAAUGUUGUUAGCCUCUUCUGCCAAAUUAAGCUUCAGUUUUGUCUGCAAUCAUGUUAUGUCUUGACUGGGUUAUUGUGUGUCAGAAUAGUUAGUUGGAUCAUCACUUUUUAUAGAUUUCUAAUGUGGAUCAGAUGGUAUAGGGAAAUUGGAUUGUCAGCUUACUUUGCACAAAGAGUAACAAAAGGGGAGGUAUUUGGCAUGUUAUACUAUGUUUUUGCAAUCAAUGGUUAGUACAAUGCAGGUUUUUAAAACUGUAAUUUUAAAAAAUAAUAUUAAUAUUGAAGCUUUAUUCGAAUCUACCCUUUAUCAGGAAUAAGACAGGAAUAAUUUUAUUAGCCUGCAUAAGGCCAUCUCAAAAAUUGCAGCAGAUUUUGCUGACCGCCCUCCUUUAUUGUCACAUUUCAUGCUGUUACAAGUUGUUCCCCUGCCUCUUAGAAUAGCAUUUUAGAGAUCUGUCCUCUGCACAUUUAUUUAUUUGAAAUCCAGAUUCAGUUUUUUGUAGCAUAGUGGUAUUAUUUCAGCAUAUCUGGCCUUGUUGGCUUUUAGUUUUGUGUAUUUAUCCCCGAUAAAUCUUACAAAGACCUCAGUUACUUUAGAAGUUGUAUAAGUUAAUUAAAUACAGUAAUAUUAGCUUCGUACAAAGCUAUUCUCAUUGGUACUGUCGAGCACAGAUGUCUCCAAGCAGCAGAACUACUGUUGCCAACCAUCAUUCAGCAUUGAAGCAAUCACGUUUCUCCUGGAAUCUGCUGCAGACCUUUUUUUCCUUCAAUUUCGAUAAACACAGAGCUUCCCCAUAUGUAGAAAAUGGUUAAAUCAUAUUGACUGUAUUUCAUUAUUUGUGAGACAUAUUUUGUCUUAACAAUAACUGCAUCUUAAGUGGCCUAGCAAUGUUAUUAUUUUAAAUUAGACCUGGUUAUUUUAACAGAAGACUGGGCCCAUUUCACCAGGAACUGAGGUGAACCGAAAUUAAUCUGAAAAUAUUCACCAUGGAUACUGCAGGAUUGUUUUCCCAUUUUUGGUGUAGCUUAGGCAGAUUUCCAAUUUAGUAAGUACUGGAAAAUGAUAACAUAUUCAUAUUGAAUCAUGGGUUGGUCACUGUUCUUAAAUAUUCUGAAUUUUCAAUAUAUUCACUAAUAUUUCUGAAACAAGACUGUCAGUUAUAACUUUAACCAUUUGAUCAUUUGGUGUCCGAUUUUAAAGAUAAUUUCAAUAUAGAUAUAAAAUGCCAAAUCAAAUAAGCCUGAUAUUUUUUUCUAAAUGUAUUUGUGUAGAGGAGCUGGUGCACAAGUCUGUAAAUUGUAUAUAUAAAUAUACUUGCAGAAUACUACUUUAUAAAAUAAAGAAUGUAAAACUAUUUCACAAAUAUUAUUCAGAAUAAUUAUUCUGAAUGUAUAGCAAGAAUAACUUUAAGUCUGGUAUUAUUUUUGGCAUGUUUUAUUUGAUUAUUUAAAGAUGCAGAUAAUUAUAUAGACAUAAUUAUACAAUAUACUAAGAAUGUAUAUUAAAGAACAAAAUUGUAAGAUUUGUGAUCAACAAAGGACAUCAAGUGAUAUUGAUACUUUUUCAGAAUCUAUCUAAUAUAACAAAUAGUUAUGAAGAAUGCUGUUAAUUAGCCUUGUCUGUUUUGUAAAACAUGUAUAUUUGUGUGGUGCUAGAAAUAAUUACUUGGGAACCAAUGGCUAUUGAACUCAGUGAGCUUUUCUUUAAAGUUGAACACGCAUAGGCUCAGAUUGCACAAAUGCCAUACUCUUUCUUGUAAAUGCACAACUACCCUAUUGAAAAUGUUUUCUAUUUUAAAAUGCAUUAGCUGUAGCAGAGCUAGUCGUUAUGUGUGGCCUUAAAGAGAUAGAAGAAAAAUUAAUUUGCUUUUUUCUCAGCAAAAGAUAUGGAGGCUUAUUGUUCCCAUUCUUGAUGUUUUGUUUGAAAGGACAAACUUUGGUAAAUAAGGUGUUUAUUCUAGCAGGAAACAAAACAGUAGCACAGUUAGAUCAUUAGGAAAUGCUAAGUGCUAGUUCAACUGUAGAAUUAUUUAAGGCUACAGUUUUUUUAAAAAUGUGCUUUUGUUAUAGAAAACAGAAUAUUUAUCUUUAUGGUGUCCUUUCAGACUUGGAUAGCUGCUCAAUAAAGAUCAUUCAAUACAA